AUGAAUAAUGAGUCGAAUAAAAAAAGGAAAGAUGCUAACAGACCAUCGUUGGGUGUUCCAGUUCAACAACAUGGAAUAGUUUUAAAUGAGCAAAGUCGUGCAUCACUAAACGCGUCACCAUCAUUGAGUGUCAGAGAAAAAAAUAAUAAAACAGUGCCUUCUCAUCAUGAAACACAACAUCGAUCAAAUUCACCGAAAAAGUCAUCCCACGACCAAGGUCUGCAAGAAACCGAAAUGAGAUAUGAUACCGAAGAUGAAAAAAGUUCAGAUGGAGAAGAAUAUUAUGAAGAUGAGACUCAUCGCGGUAGUAUGACGAGCAUGAUAACCCAAUUUCCUACGAUUACCACUGAGACCUUAUUAAACAAGGGAAGAUGGCCAGUACAAAAGACGACUGGCACCCUACGUCAGCCGAAAUUCGAGACGUCACGAUCUGAAAUACACAAUGGAAAUGGAACAGACAAUCGAAAAAGACAAAAACAACCUUCACCUUUCAGCCAUAGCAAGGCUAAACAUGAAGGGUCCUCAUCAGAAGAAACAGAAGGAUUAGAAAUUGUCACUGACAAACAUUCGCCAACGAUGCCUGCUCAAAUAACAAAAAAUAAAUCAUCAAGUCGAACGCAUGAAGCUAGUGAUUAUUCAUAUAAUAAUGGACCAAUCAAUCAUAGUGAUGUUCAGCUGGAUACGGGACAUAAAUCUAGAAGCACUUUUAGAACAAUCGGCACUUUUCUGAAUCCUCAUUCAUCCUCAUUACCUCAACACUAUUCGCUUACCGAAAGUUUCAAGUCAGAUUCAAAGUUCCGUCCACCUCCACCACCACCACCACCUAAAGAAACCAUCCCAUUUUCUCGGCAUCUAGUAACCCAAAAUGAGCCAGCAAAACAAUCAGAAAUAUUUAUAACAGUAUUUUUAUGGCCACUUUCGGCUUUGUUUAUUAUUUUUAUUUUAACUAUGAUUUUAACACUCGCUUUCAAAGAAGAAUUUCCUAUUCGUUUAACAAUGCAGAUCGUUUUUUGUUACCUAUUUCGACGAAGAUGGAACGCAAUAACUCGAGCACAAGAUCAAGAAAGUUAUAUGGAAUUAGCGACACAGAAUCAUGAUGAAAUGAUUUAUUAUCCGGAUAUAAAUAAUUCUAGUGGAUUGUUUUUAAAAAUUGGAGCAGGACUCCUUUGUCUUGGCAGUCUGCUAUUAACUACUGUUGAAGUAGCAAAAGACAUUGCAUUACUACAUUCUGGAGAUUAUGUUAAUGCAAAUCACCAUUCUCCUGGCAGGAGCACGUCAAAAGAUGUUCGUCCGUUUCAUAUCUUAAUAUCCAGUAUGAUUACUUAUAUAUUCAGACUUUUAUUCCAUUCUACACAAUUUAUGUUUUUUUUUCGUUACGGAAAUCUAGUGAUUGACAAUAAACGCAGUUUUGCUAGAAUUGGUUUGAUUCAUAUGAUUAUAGCAAAUUUUUGUACGUGGUUUGAAGCAAUCGUUAAAGAAGCAAUUGAUGAAACGGCACGUUACACUAGUCAUUUAGACCCUACUUCGUUGAUUUGUGAAACAAUGACAACAACGUCAGUAACGGCAAUUUUCUUGACAACUGAAUCUUUAAACAAUAUUGUAACAUCAACGCAAGAAUCGGCUGCAACCCUUAUACAGAAUUUAGAAUCAGACGUUGGUGUUUAUUUGUAUCCGUGUCUGAUUGAGUAUAGUUUAAUAUCACUAACGGUAUUUUACAUUAUGUUUCAAAAUAUCGGCCGUAGAAAUAAAAAGGCAAUGUUGAGAUUUGGUGAUAGACAUGUCUAUAUGGUGAAUUGUUCAAAAGCAAGUCGUGGUCUCGUAUUUGGCGGUAUAGCAAUACUCCUAUCGAUUCUUAGUUUGAUACCAUUCUAUUUGUUAAAUGAUGCUCAACUUUAUAUUUCACAAAUAACUGAAUUAACUUUAUUAUGUUUAUCGUUAAUCACUGUUAUAAUUUCGUUUCGUUGGACAAUGAAACUAAAAUUUGAUUCAAAUGCUCAUGUUGAUGUAUUUGAUGAAGUACUAAUAUUAAUAACGACAUUUGGCGCAUUUACUUAUGCGUUUUUUAGUAUAUUUGCCGCUAUUUUUCUUAAAAUUGAGUGUGAAAAACAUAGUGAAAGUUUAAGACAAAUUGACUUGACUGUUAGUUUUGUAUCCGUAGCUCAAAUUCUCUUACAAUCAGCGUUUUUAAAAGAUGCAUUACGACGACGAUCAGAAUCAAGAGAACAUUUGAAAAAGAAACCGGGUCGUGAAAUGAUAACAGCAUUAUUAAUGUUGAACUUCUCUAUGUGGUUACAUGAUUCAUUAUCGGCAAAAAAAGCAGAAUUAAAUCCAUUACAAGUUGAAUAUUUUACGCCAAAUACAUGGUCGUUAAUACAAGCGUUUACAUCACCACUAACAAUUUUUUAUCGUUUUCAUUCAAGUGUUUGUCUUGCUGAUAUAUGGGCAAUUUCUUACAAAGAUGAUUCAAUCAAACCGACAACCCAUUCAUUUCUAGAUUAUAUGCAUUGA